AUGGACUCGGAAAUUGCUGAGAGGGUAGGGAAAUGCCAGGCCUGCCAGGAGUCCAGACCGCUACCCCCAACGGCCCCGAUUCGGGAAUGGGAGAGACCCCAGGGCCCCUGGUCUAGGAUCCAUAUCGAUUUUGCAGGCCCCUUUCACGGCCAAACCUUCCUGGUAGUAGUCGAUGCCUACUCCAAAUGGCUGGAAAUCAUUCUCAUGAGAUCCAUGACAGCCGAGGCCGUGAUCUCAGUCCUACGGCACCUCUUUGUAACCCAUGGGUUGCCCGACACUUUAGUCUCCGAUAACGGCCCGCAAUUCACGGCAACCCAGUUUGAGGGGUACUUGGCAGAGGAGGGCAUCCGGCAUGUCCUCUCGGCGCCUUUCCACCCUGCGACGAACGGCCUUGCAGAACGUUUCGUUCGGAGCGCAAAGGAAGCAUUGUCCAGAAUCAAGCCAGCCGAUUGGCAAACAAACAUCGAUACAUUCCUAGCAGUCCAACACAGAACCCCCUGUGUCACAACUGGCCGCAGCCCGGCCGAACUAUUAAUGGGUCGG